CAUCACUCAUUUCACUUCUGCUGUGCUGGUAAAAAGGCAGUCCCUCACGAGGAAAAGAAAUACAAUGGAAAAUAUGGGACAAUUUAACAACAUCACCAACGGAAGCCUUCCGCUGGAUUACCGGAUCGCUCUGGCCACAAUGUACUCCAUCGUUCUCGUCGGAGGCACUCUCAGCACGGCCCUGAUGAUCAACAUCCUCAAGUCCAACGUCCGCUCGGUGACCACCAUGGCGGUCCUCAACCUGGUGGUGGUGCACAUCCUCUUCCUGCUCACCGUGCCCUUCCGGAUCUACUUCUACGCCAGCGGCUGGUGGGACCUGGGCCCGGACUUCUGCAAGGUGGUGAGCAGCAUGAUCCACGUGCACAUGUACGUGGCGCUCACCUUCUACGUCAUCAUCCUGGUCAUCCGCCACCUGGCUUACGCCCGCGGGCGCGACCAGGUGGAGUUCCACCGCCGGCUGCACGCCGCCCUGGUCAGCGCCGGCGUGUGGGCCGGCGUGCUUGUCUGCGUGCUGCCCGCUGUCGCCACCAAAUAUGGCACGUCGGUCGACAACAGGCGCACCUGCUUCAACUUUGGAGACGAGCUGGACAAGGCCACCGUGGCAGGGCUGAACUAUGCGCUGAUCGCCGUCGUCCUCCUGGCGGCCUUGGCGGUGGCUGGCAGCCAGGCGUGGAUCCUGGGCCGCGUCGUGAGGGCGUACGGGCGCACCUGCCCGCAGCGGCAGGAAUUCUGGGCCCAGAUCAAGAGCCUCUCCUUUGUGCUGGUCGUGCUGGUGUGCUUCGUCCCGUACCACCUGUUCCGGCUCUACUACGUGGGCCACCACGAGUCCCUCCAGAAACAGAACGAGGUGUUCCUCGCCGUGACCGCCUUCAGCUGCUUCGACAUGCUGAUUUUCCUGCCGAGGGACAUGUGGACGUGCGGAGUGAGCUGCUGCGUAAACGCAAUGUAGCCGCCAUCGGCGGUGCCCUCAUCGCCGUGAAGGUGCUCUGCAUGGUGUGACCGGGAGAGCAAAGUUCACAAAGACUCUGACAUGACACUGGUACUGACGUGUCAUGCCAUUUCACUGCAUAAAACUAAGGUUAUUUAACUAAGACAGAGGAGAUUGGGUUUGCAGGUCUCGGUAUGCUGACACAAGAGGAAACUCUUCUGGGAAGCAGAUUAAAUAUCAACCUACCUUGCAAGAAUCAAGACACACAAGAUUUCUCAGGGUUGCCACAUGCUGUAGAUAUAAUCCCACACAAGAUGUCUACAGCUGUCAAGAGUUGCACCA